GGAGAUAACUAAUAAGUAUUGUUGGUCAGAUUUAAAUCAACAAAUCCAUUUGCUAGCUAUGUCGUUCUGGCUUUCUUCUUCUGUCAAAAGAAUUUUUUAUAAUCAGGUAAGAAAACAGAAUCCAAUAUCUCUGUUCGAAAUAUGUAGUGCAAAUACUAUAAUUCGUCCUAAAUGUCCACGAUUCAAUGCUUCAAAAAUACGCCUUUUAUCCACCGUUCCCGGCUUCGAACUGUCUCAAAAUUACACUAAAACAUCGCGAAAAGUCUCAAGAAGACGGCCUGUCUCAUUCAGUGUUGGUCAUGGCAUCUACAAUUCCUUGUCACUUUCAGAACAUAUUCGUCCUGUGGAAAAUAAGGAAUUUGAUGGAAAACUGAAAAGCUCCAGCAAUCUGUCUGCAAAGGACCUGCUUCAAAAGCUUCACUCGAGUAAAAAAUUGCCCUUGUAUGAAUUAAAAGAAAUUGAACAAGCGAUUGUAGGAAAUUUUUCUGAAUUGGAAUUGAACGAAAAGUUUUUAGCAGCUCAUUUAUUUUUCUCGUGUUAUUUUCGUUGUCCUAAGUAUUUGAGUACAUUAUUUGAAUACAUCGACAACGAAUUUGAUCACGUUAUUAAUGAACCGAGCAUAUUAAAACUAACCCUGUUCUAUAUAUACUUUCAUGGAAGUGGACCAGAAACUUUGUUACAAAAAAUAGAAGACCACUUGUCUGGAAUAGUCAUGGAUCUUAGUCCAGAUGAAAUUGGCUUGGUCUGUUUGGGAUAUUUCCGUGCUAACCGAAGAAUCUUUUCUUUUGACCUUCUCGAUGAGUUUGCCGAAAGAACACUUGCACAGUUAGGAUCAUUUAAACCUAAUCACCUCAUAAAUGUGCUGAAGGCUUUCCGCCAUGCUGGUUAUUGUAAAGUAAGUUUUUUUGAAAGACUUGCCGACCAACUAAUCUUGAAUGAUUUAUUAAAUGGGUUUUCUCUCAAUCAAAUCAUGCAUGUCGUGAUGGCAUUCGCUUCCACUAGAAUCUACCAUCCUGCUUUGAUUCAUCACUGUUUAGUAAGAGCCUUGGCUAUAGUCAACGACAGGCCUUCAAUUCGUUCCAAAGAAAUAGGUAGAAUCAUAUGGGCUGUGGGAACUUUAGGCAUAACUGAGUCGGAUAUGACCAUCGUUGAAACUCUUAUAGAUAUUCAUUCCCAAAUUGAAGAUCAAGGCAACAAUGAAUACCCAGAGUCUGUCUGUGACACUGUUAUGGGUUCCAUAUUUCUUGGAAUUUUUCCCCAAAAUCUUAUCAACUAUCUAAUGAAAGAUGAAAAUGUUGAAUUAUUGCAAGGGCUUCGUGGUUUGGAAAAGAAAUCUCAACUUCUCUUGAUACAUAACUCAACACACAUUGAAUGCCCAAAUUAUAAAGGCCUAAGGCUUAAAAAGCAAGCAGUAAAGAAAUUUCAGGUAUCAGAUUUUCAAAGGGCCAUCAAAUUUGAACUGAAAACUCGUUCUGGUUUAAGUCCAAUCUAUGAACAACUUGUAAAAUUAAUUGGACCAAGUAAAGUACACUGCCACAUGAUACUACCACACUUUACAACAGCAGAUAUUGAACUUCACCUAAACUCUGACAACUGCCCUUUAAACUUCACACCAUCAAGUGUGAAAUUAGAUUCUGAUGAUACAAGAACUGUUAAAUUCCAACAAAGUGUUACUGAAGAUUUAUUAAAGCAACUUACCAACCCAUCAACUGGCAAACAAACUGAUUACAGGAAAACCAAUAUUGCCAGAAGAAUUGUCAUUCAGGUAGCAGGGCCAAACCAGUGUUCUCUUACUGAACCACACGUGAUCUUUGGAACCUAUCGUACCAAACUGAGACAGUUAGAAUUGUUAGGUUUUGAGGUUAUUCUGAUAACUUCAACUACAGCAAGACAGUUAAAUGAGAAAUUAACUUUUGAUGAACAAAAGGAGUGGAUUCUUCAGAAUAUUAUUGAGAAAUUCAACAUAAAUAUUAACAACACAUGAAACUUAUUUAUUUCAUUAAUUGAUUAUUUUGAUAAUACAAAUAAAAUUAUUGAAACAAUAAAGAUAUUCUUAAACAUUU